AUGAAGUGGUCGUUAUCCGCAAAGGCGUUGGCGGCGCUGCCGUUCGCGACGGUGGCGGGAUGGACUGGCAUGGUCAUGUACAAGCGAGAGAGUGCAAACCACCCUCCUCGAGGGUUCACUUUCAACACCGGCUCGAUGGAUGACAUUAUGUCUGACACGCUGCAAACGGGAGACAUCGUCCUCUUUCGGCGCAACUGUGCGUUCAUGCAGCCUGCAGACGCACUCAGUUGUUUUCUGGCGGACCACGUGCCAAGUUGGCAAGGCCCGUACAACCACUGCGGGUUUAUUUACGUGAAUCACAUUGGUGACAAGUUCGUCGUCGAAGAAACGUACUCGGGUGUAAAGUGCCGACCGUACAGCGCGCGCAUCAUCACGUCGCUGUCGACGGAUAUCGUUGUCGUGCCUCUGCGUGUCAAGAGGACACCUGAAAUGCAAAAUUCCGUGCGUGACUUUGUGGAAGAAAAUGUGGGGCGGUCCUCUCGUUUCUCGUUCAAGACAGUGUUGGGCCACUUUGCCUCGACUGGCGCCACGGCAACAAAUGCCCCGAUGUAUCCUGCUGCAGGAUUGAUUGCAGAAGCAUACGUGCGCAUGGGAUUGCUGCCCAUAGAGCCAACGGACCAGUAUAUUUCCCCGACAAGUUGCACGAUCAAGGUCGCUCCUCCCUCUCACUGCUGUGCACUCAGGCGUGCCAUGAUAUGUAGGAUUGGACAAACUAUUCCCGCGUUAAGUUGCUGCAUGAUGCUCAUUUGGACCGAAAAGUGCCAAUUCGACUGUUGUAGAAAUUUUGGAUAAUUUGCAUACUUGUCGUUGUGCUGCAUUCAACCAUGUAUGUAGAAGAUUAGUUUUGGUGAGCGAUCGACAGAGUCAAGCCGU